GUACUAACCUUUAUAUGCCACCAUUGCAUGAGACAUCUUGCUUGGCAAGCCUUAUACAAAAAUGCACCACUAUAACCUCACUGAGAAAAGCGCGCCAACUUCACGCUCUCCUCCUAACUACCACAACUGUCAAUGCACGAACUCCCUAUCUGAACAACAAUCUCCUCUCAAUGUAUGCACGCUCUGGCUCCCUCCGCGAUUCCCACUUGGUGUUCGACAAAAUGCCUCAGAGAAAUCUUGUUUCCUUCAAUGCGCUUAUUACAGCAUAUUCUCGAGUCCCGGACCAUGCAAUCUUGGCCUUUGAAUUGCUUGCUCAAAUGGGAAUUGAAUACUUGAGGCCAAAUGGUUCUACUUUCACCAGCUUGCUACAAGCGUCCUCUUUGUAUGGGGAUUGGUUGGUUGGUUCUUUGCUUCAUGCCCAAGUUGUGAAAUUUGGGUUCUUGAAUGAUGUUUGUGUUCAAACCUCUUUACUUGGGAUGUACUCAAAUUGUGGGGAUUUGGAAUCUGCAAAAAGAGUUUUUGAGUCUAUAGAUGAUAAAGAUGUCAUGGCUUGGAAUUCUAUAAUACUUGGGAAUUUCAAGAAUGAUAAGCUCAAGGAAGGGCUUGAUGUCUUUGGUAGGAUGGUAAGGACAGGUGUUAUUCCAACCGAGUUUACGUAUUCAAUGGUUUUAAAUGCGUGCAGCAGAUUGGGAGAUUUUCAAUCUGGGCAACUUAUCCAUGCCCAAGUUAUUGUUUCAGAUGCGCUUGCUGAUUUGCCUUUGCAAAAUGCCCUGCUUGACAUGUAUUGUAGUUGUGGUGAUACCCAGAUAGCAUUUAGUGUUUUUUGUAGAAUUGAAAAUCCAGAUUUAGUUUCAUGGAACUCAAUGAUUUCUGGGUAUUCAGAGAAUGAGGAAGGAGAGGAAGCCAUGGCUCUAUUUGUCCAGUUGCAAGGUAUGUCUCUUCUUAAACCAGAUGAGUAUACUUAUGCAGCCAUCAUAUCUGCGACUUGUGCAUUCCUUGCCUCUAAUUAUGGGAAACCUCUCCAUGCCCAAGUUACAAAAGCAGGAUUUGAGAGGAGUGUCUUUGUAGGAAGUACACUAGUGUCCAUGUAUUUCAAAAAUGCUGAAGCUGAAUCUGCCAAGAAGAUCUUUAAUUUGAUUUCAGAGAAGGAUAUUGUUCUCUGGACUGAAAUGAUCUUAGGCCAUACUAGAAUGACUGAUGGGGAGAGUGCAAUUAAAUUCUUCAAUGGAAUGUGUAGGGAAGGCCAUAAGAUUGAUAGUUUUGCUCUCAGUGGAGCGUUGAGUGCAUGCGCUGACCUUGUAAUAUUGAAACCCGGGGAAAUGAUUCAUUCUCAGGUGGUAAAAAGGGGAUAUGAUGCUGAAAUGUCCGUCACUGGGAGUUUGAUAGAUAUGUAUGUAAAAAAUGGUGACCUUCACUCAGCUCAAUUAAUAUUUUCCCAAGUUUCAAACCCUGAUUUAAAGUGCUGGAACUCAAUGCUCGGAGGAUACGGUCAUCAUGGAAUGGUGAUGGAGGCAUUGCAGCUCUUCGAAGAGAUAAUAAAUUCCGGUCUAAGACCAAAUCAAAUAACAUUUUUGUCUGUACUCUCUGCUUGUAACUACAGUGGAUUAGUAGAAAAGGGAAAGUUCUUGUGGAAUUAUAUGAAGGAAAAUGGUUUAUCACCUGGGCCUAAACACUACUCUUGCAUGGUAAGCUUGCUAAGUCGAGCUGGAUUAUUGGAUGAGGCAGAGGAAAUGAUAAUCGAAUCACCUUUUAGCGAAGAUAAACUUGAGCUAUGGAGAAUUUUGCUAAGCUCAUGUGUAAUCAGAGGAAAUUUGAGAGUAGGAGUUCGUGCAGCAGAGCAAGUUCUAAGGUUGGAUGCUGAAGACAGUGCUACCCAUAUCUUGCUUUCAAAUCUUUAUGCUGCUGCAGGGAGAUGGGAUGAUGUUGCAGAAAUGAGACAGAAGAUAAGGGGAUUGAUGUUGGAAAAGGAUCCUGGACUAAGCUGGUUUGAGGCCGAGAAUAAUAUUCACGUAUUUGCCUCCGGCGACCAAAUACACCCCAAGGUUGAAAAAGCCCAAGACGAACUAAAGAGGCUACGACCAAACAUGAUGAGAUCAGAAACAGAUGAAUUUGAUGCGAGGGUUUAUUCUACAUAGGAUAUACAAACUGGGAAACAAAGCAAUAGCAAAUAUACCUGCAGCCCAACCAACCAUAUGACCAUGCCUUCAGACGGGUUUUAAUUUCACCUUCACUCCAAGGUGUUCAAUUCAGGCUUGGCUUAGACAUGGUUGAUCAGGCAACACGACUAACAGUUCUGUGUUCUACAAAAUUCUUGAGCCAUAAGUGUCCAAUAUCUGUGCCCUCCAGCCAAGUUUUGCACGAGAAGAAAGCGGAACUUCAAAAUCUUUUUUUGUAACAAUAUUUCAGUCUUGGAAACCUGACAAUAUAUUAACGAGUUGUCAUAU